AUGCUUUAGUCUUUUUUAAAUUGCUUCAAAAAGUAACCGAAGUUUAGGAUGAAUCGCGAUUAUGAGAAGGAUAUCUUAUCUUCAGUUUAGGACAUUUUGCCAUAGUCCUUUUAGAAACAUUAGUAUAACAAGUAAAAUAUGAAUCAAAUAGAAAGCCAUAAUAAGGAAUUUUAGGCAACAAAUGAUUUAAAUAGGUUGAAUUAAGAGUAGGGGAUUUUUUCACCAAAUCCAUCGUAAGCAAACAUUCGAUUACACUUUUUAGAAAAUGUUGAUGAACAGUUUUAAAAAAAUGAGAAUCCUUAUUAUUGCUAAUUUUCUUUGGAUUAUUUUGGAAUGAAUAAUAAAUUUCGGCAAUAUUGCAUUUUAAUAAAUGAAUCUCGAGUUUAUUAAUAUUCUGUGUACAUAUUCACAACAUUUUGUAUAGUGAUUUUGAUGAUCAAGCCUUACAAUGGUCAAAAGAGUGGAUUUGGGUUCAGUUUAAAUGAUGAUCAGAUCCUGGGAGUAAUAGUCACCGCAGAUGUGAUAUUUGCUGCUCAUCACCUAAUAUCGAUAGUUUCAUAUGGGUAUUUAGAAUAACUAUGUAGGUUAUGGAGUUGUAAAUACGGAUACUACAGGAACCCAAUAGCAUUCAUAAAUGGAAUAGCCUUGUUCUUCGCCUUAAUUUUGAGACAAUCUUACUUUUAUACAUUAAGAAUACUAUUUUUGCUUGAGUUUUUUAUGCACUACAAAAUUUUAAGAAUAGUCCGAAAAUUUUGUUUGACAGUAGAACAUUCAUUUAUCUCAAUUGUUUACAUCACAAUAAUAAUUUGCUUUUUCUUUUAUGUGUUUGCAGUGGUAGGAUUACAAAUUUGGACUGGGAUUAUCGGAAAUUAAUGCAUCAACAAAGAUAAUGAGGUUGACUACUAUCCAACUCGAUUUUGUGGUUUGGGAAGGUCUUGUUCUGAUGGAUAUGAAUGUCAGCAGGCUCAAUUUGAGUAACCAUUCAUUUAGUAUUCACAUAAUUUCACUAAAUUUGAUUACAUUCAAGAAUCAAUGGCUAGUUUGUUUAUAGUCCAUUAUAUUGAAGGAUGGGUAGAAAUUGAAUAGAGUUUGGCUGACUCAUUCAAUAAAUAUGUGAGUACUGGGUAUUUGUGGACUUAUAUUUUUAUUUGUUCAUUCUUUUUGUAAAACUUGGUGGUUGCCAUAUUUCUGAAGUAAUCUCAACAAGAAGUUCAUUUAGAUGAACCAGCUUAAACAGUUUUAUUUUUAAAUAGUCAUACCAAAAUAUCAUUAACGAAUGAAAAAAGAAAGACUGUGUUUUAGAGUCCCAAUUAUCUUAGUAGAAGUAAACAAAGAGUUAUGACUAUGCUUAUGAAUUCAACUAAAAGAAGUAGUGAUUAAAGAAAGAUUAGAGUAAUUAUCAAAUCUAUUUUAUCUUCAAAAAUAACGCAAUAUUUUUACAGUCUUUUAUUUUUGGCUAAUCUUGUUGUGUUGUCUCUAAAUGAUGAAUCAGCAUAUAUAAACAAAUUAGAAGGAACAUUAGCCAAAAUAAAUGUGGUGUUUUUGGUAAUUUAUUUAAUAGAAGACAUAGCAAGAAUCUAUAUUUGGAAAUAAAAGGAAAGCAAAAUAAUUGUGUUAUUAGAAUUUAUUUGUGAUUUUGUUGGUUUGAUAGUCCAAGUCAAUUAAUUGGAACAUCCCUUCAUCUUAAAUACAAUCAAAGGAAUACGAUUGCUAUGGGUCUUCAAUUACUAAACUAGUUGGUCAAAUUAUCGAGUUUUAUUAUCAGCCUUAUGGAAGUCGUUCAACAACAUCCCCAUCAUGAUUUUGAUACUCUUUAUUUACGGUCUAGUGAUUGGUUUGAUGGGUCGUAACUUUUUUGCUGGGAAAUUAAGAUUCAAUGAUUUAGGAUUCUAUGAUUUGGAUGGUUCCUAUAUUCCAAGGGCUAAUUUCGACAGUAUGAGAGAGACAAUUACUACAUUGUUUAUAAUCAUAUCUUCGGAUUAAUGGUAAACCAUAUUUUAUACUACAUUGGAAACUGGAUCUUGGAUUCCGUAUAUCUUUUUCAUUUGUGUCUAAUUUAUUUGUAAAUUUUUUAUACUUCCCUCGUUUUUGACUUUGAUGCUUGAUAAUUAUGAAGAUGCUAAAAACGAAGCUGAUAUUUCAAAAGCUAGAGCUACUAAAAUUAUUUCAACAAUGCAAAAUAAAUCUAGAAUUGUACCAACAAAAGAGACCUCAUUAUUGCAAGUCAGCAAUUCAUAAUCUGAAAAGAAACGCUUCUUUGGAAGAUUGUCUAAGGUCUCUGAUGACAGUGAGAAAGAGGAGACUCAUUCAAAAUAACACCCUGCGUUAAAAAGACAAUAAUCAAAAUAUUAGUAGGUGUAGAUUUUCAAAAGCAGUGAUGAUUUCUAAAUAAUAUCACUUUAUUAAUAGAAUUGGAAAGAAUUCUUUGGAAAUUCAUCACUUUUUAUCCUACACAACCGAUCUAAUUUAAGGAAGAAAUUACACAUUCUCAUUCAAUCUAAAUAUUAUGAUUGGGCAAUGAGUUUCAUUAUUUUGUCUAAUUUAAUACUCUUAGGGUAUGAUCAACCUCUCAGAAAGGAGAAUUUAGUUAUUGAUGUAUUUAAUUAUGCAUUUACUGGCAUUUUCAUAUUGGACGCAUUUAUCAAAAUCCUAGCCCAAGGUUUCUAUUGGAAUAAAUAGGAACCUCAAAAAUCCUAUAUCAUGAACAAUAACAAUUAAUUAGAUUUCGUAGUCCUCAUUAUUAGUUCUCUUGAUGAUCUCAAUAUUUACAAGAGCUAAUACUUAAGAGCCUUCAGAGCUCUGAGAACAUUAAGAAUUCUGAUCACAUUACGGAGAGGAUCGCAAAAUGAGUAACUGAAUCUAAUAUCCAGAUCUUUAUUAUAAACCAUCUCAUUACUUUCAUCAAUGAUAUUUGUUACUGGCAUAAGUCUGUGGAUUCUAAGUAUCAUAUGCAUGACAAUAUGGAAGGGCAAACUCUAUUUUUGCUCCUAAGUAUCGUUGAAAGACUUUUAAGAUAUUGUCAACGUAGAAGAUUGUCUCGCCAAAGGAGGAUAAUGGAUAAAUAAUAUAACCAAUUAUGAUACAAUCCAAGAUUCCCUACUUUGUUUGUUCAGAUUAAUCAUUGGAGAGGGUUGGACCUAAUAAAUGUUUAGUGUAUCUGACAUCACCAAUAGAGGACUCAAUCCUAAAAUUAAUUCAUCAUCCUAAUACCAAUUCUUCUUUUAUGUGUUGAUCUUUUCAUUGAAUAUCGUAUUGCUCAAUCUAAUCACUGGCUUGAUCAUCAACAAUUACAGAACUAUCAAGGAGAACAUUGCCAACUUUUAGUAAUUAAAUGAAUUUCAAAGACAAUGGAUAUAAAUGAUGUAAAUAAUGCAAAAGAAGAAACUUAUAUAUCUCAUACCCAAACCUUCAUCCAAAUACAGACUAAUUUGUUAUCAUUUGGCUAGCAACUAAUACUUCGAGACUGUCAUCCUAAUUUUGCUUGUGGUCAAUCUAAUUUUGUAAUUAUUGCACUCAUAUCUAUAGAGUAUCACCACUUAAGAGGCAUUAUAUGGAAUGAGUAUUUUCUUUAUAGUAAUUUUCCAUGUGGAAUUGUUCAUCAAACUACUCGCAUACUGGGUUCAUUUCUUCAGAGAUAUUCUCAAUAAAUUCGAUAUUAUCAUAUUGAUUGUGACAGAUGUGCUCUUGAUAAUGAAGGACAGUUUUGACUUGCCUAGACUUUACACGAUUCCACUCAUUAUAAGAUCCCUGAGAAUCAUAAAAGCCAAUAAAUUAUUUAGGUUCAAUAAACAAUUGAGAGUUCUCAUUGAUGUGAUCUAAGAUCUGAUUCCUACCUUAUUGAGUGUCAUAGUAUUCAUUGCAAUCACCAUAAUCAUAUAUUCACUAAUAGGAGUCCAGACCUUUUCAACAGUAUGGAGCACGUCAUCAGAUCCUCACUAAAGAACUAAGUCCUUUUCAAAUUUCUUAGAUGGAGUCUUGAUUUUAAUCGAUAUUUCUACUGGUUAAUAUUGGUCUUUGUAUAUGGCUGAUUAUACAAUUGAUACCAAAGGAUGUCAUGCCCAAACUCCUGAACAAUUUGAAUCGGAAGGUGCUCGGGGGUGUAGUACAAUCUUUGGUUAUUUUUUCUUUAUUAGCUUUCUGGUUUUGAUUCGCAUCAUCAUGACUUCAUUGUUUUUAGCCAUGAUUAUUGAAUCAUAUCAGGAAUGUCAAUUAGAAAAUACGGCUGCCAUAAAUCCGUAUUAAUUAGAGGACUUUUUAGUUAAAUGGUCGGAUUAUGAUCCUCAAGGUACAGGUUGGAUAACCCCAGAAGAUUUUGCAUUUUUGAUGUUCGAAAUAAAUCCCCCUCUAGGAUUUAAAGAUGAAAAUUCUCAAUAUUACGACUUUGCUGCUGCAAAAAAUCAAAAAUUGAAGUCCCAUUUCUAUAAUCAUAAGAAAAAGAUGAGACUAUUCAAAACUGAGAUCUUUCAAAAACUAAGUGAUUAUCAAGUGUAAAUUUAUCAAAAUAAAAUGGUUCAUUUCAAGGAUAUAUGUAUCCAGUUGGCUUACAAUGCAAUAAAAAAGAAGAAUGAACUCAAAGGAAUCGAAUAGAUUGAAGACAAGAUCAUUCUACGUUAAAUAAGAAAAUCAUGGGAGUCCAGAUAUCCUGAUUUGGUUGGAAUGAAAACCUAACAAUUUGUUGUAGAUAUCUUUGCUUUUAAUUCCAUCACUGACAUUUUGAGAGGAGUUAUUGAGAGGAGGAAGAUCAAGAAAAGAAUCAAGGAAAUGCAAAAGGAGAAAAACUUAAAGCAAUUAGAAAUUAAUGAAAAUGCUUACAUCACCACCAAGACUCUGCUUGAAAGAAAUAAAGGCAGAAGAAGGAGCUAAAUAAGAAAAAAGGUGUAUAACUUCUAAUAAACCAAUGUCUAAAGAAGGAGUGAAAUCAAUGUUGAUAUUGAACAAGCCAUCCAUCAACCAAAGAGAGCUAUGCAUCAAAACUACUAGAAAUAAUAACAAAACAAGGAUGACAAAAAUUCUUUGACUAGUCUAAACUUUUAUAUUGAUCCUGACGAAAUGUGCAAUGGAUUUCCAAUGAAAGUUGUACAUGAAACUCAAAAAAUCGAUUUUCCUGCAAUCAAAUCUGAUAAGAGUUUAGGAACUCUCUAAGCGACUCAAAGUGAAAAGCAAGUCAAGAAACUAGGAGGGUAUAUUUCGGAAAAAUGCUCUGAUGAAGAAAAUCAAUAAGAUAGUGUAAUAUAAAAUUUCAAGAGAGACGAUAUGUUUGAAUGA